AUGGGUUGCUUGUUCUGCAAAAAUCCUCCCGUCGACGAAACGCCCUCCUCCCGCUUUGCGAAGACCGACGAUAAAGGCGACUGCGGUGACAUGUUCCACCACAAAUGCCGAUCCCUUAGGGACCGGGAGCAUAUCACCGCGAUUCGUAACGGCAAUUUUCAGUUAUGGUUGAAAAAUAAUCACCAUCUGCGGAAAAAACCACAAGACAUACCACUGUCAAGAUCUUUAACCAUCUACUAUCUGUUCAAGGAAUCCAAUUACUACGACAUUAAGGACGGGAAAACAAAGAGACCCCGGGGUAUCGAAUUUCUCCGUUACUGGACCUGA